AUGGUCGAUGCGAGUCGCUUGACCGAACGGUCAACGCGGUCAUGGCGGCCAUUCCCAUGGGCUCCUCCAAGCGCUCCUGCCGUUUACCGCAGGAGCAGUUUCCGAGGCCCGCGCUUCCCGAAGGUUGUCCGCGGCAUUAGUAGAGAGUCCCGCCGUUUUCCCAUGGGUUGCCAGCAUCGCUCCCGCCGCUUCCCGAAGCGCCAUCAUGCGCAAUUCACGCCGCUCGCCGCGCCCUUCCUCGUGGCAGUUGCCGUCUUUGCGAUCAUCUCGGACGUACGAUGGCCUGGGACGGAUCAUCCGACGGCUGUGAUGCGCGCACGGGCGGAGUUAAUCUCCGGCAUGUCUCUUCCGGACGGAGGCCUCGAGCACGCCAUGUCGCUUCUACGGACCUGGGAAACCUUAUAUGGUCUGUCCGCGGACUCCCCCCUUCCGCCCUCCGCCAUCUCGCUUCCGCCCAGCAUCCCCCCUCCCCCGCACCUGGAGCCCUGCUCCGCGCGCACAGCCAUCCGCCAGGCUGCUGAGCGCAGGGGGGAGGGCGGGGAGCUUCCCCCAUGGGCGCAGGGUAAUGCUGCAUGCGGAAAUGUCCCCCAACCGCCCUGGGUGCGAGGGUCAGAUUCAUCGAACCUGGCCUCCACUCGGGUGGCUCAGAGGGACAUCUGGGCGCACCAGUUCCCCCCACCCUCCCCGCUGCCUGCUCACACUGCUGGCCCCGCUGCUGGUGAUGCUGGUGGUGCUGUCGAAGCUGGUAGUGCUGCUGAUACGGAUGAUGCUGCAACAGCUGCUGCUGCUUGUGAGGGGAAGAGGUUUCUGCUGGUACAAUGGCCGGAUGACACAGAGAGCAGCAACAGCAGCAGCACCACUACCACCACCGGCACCGGCAGCAACAGCAGCAACGCCACCACCAGCGGCAGCAACAGCAGCAGCACCGCUGACGGUGGUGGCAGGCGUUGGUCGUAUGAGGCCCUGGCAGGGCAGCUGCACGGCAUGAGUGUGGCGCUACGUGUGGCGUUCACUGCCGGUCGUGUUCUCGUGCCCAUGCCAGGCUCCUUCCUUCCAGCCCACCACCCGCACUGCCAAGCUCUGAAUGCAUCAAGAUCACUGCACUGUUACUUCUUCCGCCCAGUCUCCCAAGCCUGUGAGGCAGCAGCCAUGCAGCACUACACCUCUGCCGGCGCUCCUCCCUGCAAGCCUCUCUCACAGCUCACAGCGCAGCAGCUGGGGACCAACGAGACUGUGAUCUGCGCUGUGGCAAGCAGUGAUGCCUCGUACCCUGCCUCAGCAAAUGCUUCCAGUGAGAGAGCAUGGAGCGAGGCGUACCUGCAGCGGCCUUUCCUGGUGGAGCGUCAAGGGGCACUUCUCAACAUCUCAAACCCACAACUGCAGGCGCACUGGUGGACAGCCCAGGCUCUGCGCUUCCUCCUGCGCUGGCCGUCCCCCGCCCUCUGCCACGCCCUCAACCGCCACCGCAACACCGCUCUGGGUCCGCACAUCGCCCCCCUCUCCUCCUCUUUUCUCGCCGAGCAGCGCGCCAUCGUGACCUCCCUAUUAAAGCCCAAGUCAGAGGCGGACCAGGGGCUGGGGCUCGACCUUCGCAGCGAGGGUAAAUUGCUCCGGAAAUUGAACCUUUCCGCGCACCGGAAUUUGGAGACGGAAGCGUGGCCGAGCCUGGGGUUUUCCGGGUGUUUGCCCCGGAAAAAUCAGGGUAAAGCGGUGGAGAAGUCGUCGGCACUGACGGUGUAUCAGGGCGUGGGGAGAGAGGCGUACCUGCUGCGACCAAUCGUGAGCAUACACGUGGCAGAGGAGGGGCAGCGUGGGGGACAGGGGGAGCAAGGGCAGCAGGGGGAGCUGGGACAGGAGCAACAGCAAGGGCAGGCGAUACAGGAGCGACAGGAGGGCAAGGAAGAGGGCCUCAGAUACGUAUGGCUGUCCACCGACCAAACAGCAACCACAAAGCUCUCACCAAAUCGCCUCUCGCACUUUCCCGAUUGGACCUUCCUCUAUCCCAAGCAACCCUCCGGCCCCUCCUCUUCCUCUCCGGGAUACGACCCCGUGGGUGCGGCUUUUGCUGACCUUCUAGUGGCGUCUGAGAGUGAUUUCUUUGUUGGGGAUGUCGCGUCAAGGUGGAGUAGGAUGGUGUAUGAGAUCAAGUGCACCAGCGGUCGCCUUUACGCAGGCUUCUUGUCGAUCUAA